AUGGAUCUCCUUCUCCGAAUCGCAGACGACUGGCUCCUCGACAAGGCAUGGGCGAGCCUCGUCCCACUCUCCGCAUUUAGCUCCUCUCCAGAUUUGGUCAACGCCACCAAUAGCACGGCGAAAUUCGUUCCUCUGCUCACAUCCUCUUCAUGGUCGCAGCUUGUCUCUCACCUACCACACCCACCGCUAAAACACGACGACCUUGCCUCUCUGUACGCCAAUGCCCAAACACUUCCACAUAUAUCAGCGUGGCCACGCGACUACAUUCCCCGACAACUCGUCUCCGUCUUCGUCAUUACCCUCAUAGGAAUACACGUGCUGUAUUUCCUGUUCGCGGGACUGUCCUAUGCGUUCAUCUUCAACCAUGAGAUGAUGAAGCACCCGCGAUUUUUGAAGAAUCAAGUCAGACAGGAGAUUCGAGCGAGUCUUUGGGCAUUCCCCUUCAUGACCGUCCUAACAAUGCCUUGGUUCCAAGCCGAGGUCAGAGGAUAUUCGCUGAUGUAUGACGGGGUGGACACGUAUGGUUAUACCUAUCUGGUGCUUUCUGUGCCUCUAUAUCUACUAUUCACCGACUACUUGAUUUACUGGGUGCACCGAUGGUUGCAUAUCCCAGUUAUCUACAAGUACAUCCACAAACCUCACCACAAGUGGAUCAUCCCGACGCCAUUCGCCUCGCACGCCUUCCAUCCGGUUGAUGGAUAUGCCCAAUCUCUCCCAUACCACCUCUUCGUUUUCGUCUUCCCCAUCCAUCGCAUACUAUACCUUGUCCUCUUUGUCUCGGUUAACUUCUGGAGUAUUUUCAUUCACGAUUCCGACAUGAUCACCGGUCAUAUCUUCGAAAAGGUCAUUAAUGGACCUGCCCAUCACACGUUACAUCAUAUCUAUUUCACCGUCAACUAUGGUCAAUACUUUACAUGGGCAGAUCGCGUCGGCGGCUCAUAUCGCCAGCCACAAUCGGAUCUCGACCCAUUGCUGGAUAUCAAGGACGCGAAAAAAGAGUGA